AUGUAUUUCAAGGUUUUGGUAUUGGCCGUCGUUGCCGCUGUUGUUUUCUGCAAGCCGCAUAAAAAUCAUGAGACACCACCGGUCGUCGUGGGGGAUACGCUCUGCGGCUUCUGUCACGACCAAAUCGAGCAGUCGAUCGAUCGAAUCCGUGCGGCCAACAUCACCGUCCUCCAGGUUCCCCUGAUUAAGCUGAAGCAGGCCGCCACCCGAAUGUGCAAGAAGAACAUGCGGCGCCGCAGCCAGGUCCCCGUCUGCACCUACAUCACUUUCCAGAUGGGCAAAUACCUGAUCGGCAAGGAUAUCAACGAUAUCGAGCCGAAAUCGGCCUGUUUGGACCUCAACCUCUGCAUGGACGAGGAAAUGCUU